AUAGGCCACCACGCCAUGGACAACAAGAGCAGUGUGAAGGUGUGAAGCGUGUAUUUUAAAGUGAAACUAACUUGAGAUAAAACCAUUGGAUCCGACUUGUGAUUUCGGUACAAAAACUUUCCUGGUGCCGCUACCCAAAUAGUAAGUCGUGCUUUGAAGAAAUGGAUGACGUUAGAGCCGUCGUAUUGGAUAUCGAAGGCACCGUUCUAUCUAUCAGUUUUGUUAGAGAUACCCUAUUCCCAUAUGCCAAGGAAAACCUUGGAAAAUACCUGAAAGAUCACUGGAACGAACCCGAGCUUAUGAAAGUAGUUGAUGAGCUUCGUGUCCAGGCAGAGAACGAUCUCAAGAGCGGCCAGUACAACAGUGUACCGAACAUUCCUCCGGCAGCACAAGGAGAUGGGUCCUUGGACAAAUCAGAUCUUCUGUUGAAGAGCGUGGAGGCUAAUGUCUUGUGGCAAAUGGAUCACGAUCGUAAGACGGCAGCGCUCAAGACACUUCAAGGCCUCAUCUGGUUGCAGGGCUAUUGCGACACACGACUUGUCGCGCCAUUGUACGAAGAUGUGGUUCCUGCCCUGGAGAAGUGGAAGAUUGAAGGAAAACGUAUCUUCAUCUAUUCCUCAGGGAGCAUCCAGGCACAGCAACUCCUCUUCUCACACACUACGCGUGGCAAUGUUUGUAAUCUUUUAGACGGCUAUUUUGACAUUGUCACUUCUGGCAACAAAAUGCAGCCAGCGAGCUACACAAACAUAAGUGAAUCCAUCGGACUUCCUUCAUCGAGGAUAUUGUUCCUUACAGAUGUGGUAGCCGAGGCCCAAGCAGCACGGGCUGCAGGAAUGCAGUCGAGACUGGUGGUUAGGCCGGGGAAUUCCCCCCUGACAGAUGACGAGAAGAUCACGUACCAAUAUGUUUCCUCUUUCAGCGAGCUAUGAUGUUCCGUGUCACAAUAAAAGUUGGCAACCUUGUGA